UAGUCCUUUUGUGUUGCGCGUGCGUAUUUCGUUACCGGAAGUUACGAAGAGCUUCACGUUUCGAGUCCACAAACUAGCUUAGCUUUUCUAAAGUUAGGAUUAUUUAAAGUGGAUAUGUUUUAGUUCUCUGCGAAGUAAUGCCUUCCAUAAAUGGAAAAGCGGAUGUUAUCUUUGAGGAUGACGACCUUCCUUAUGAAGAGGAGAUUAUCAGGAACCCGUACUCGGUCAAGUGUUGGAUGCGUUACCUUGAAUUCAAACAGAAUGGACCCAAAGCCACCCUCAACAUGAUAUAUGAGCGCGCUUUGAAGGAACUACCUGGAAGCUAUAAACUGUGGUACAAUUACCUGAGAGAGAGAAGGAAACAAGUCAAAGGGAAAUGUAUAACUGAGCCCACGUAUGAAGAGGUCAAUAAUUGUCAUGAAAGGGCACUGGUGUUCAUGCACAAGAUGCCUAGGAUAUGGCUUGAUUACUGCCAGUUCCUCGUGUCCCAGUGCAAGAUUACUAGAAGUCGACGGACACUUGACCGUGCACUGAGAGCCCUGCCUGUUACUCAGCAUCCACGCAUCUGGCCAUUAUAUCUUCGCUUUGUCCGUAACCUGCCUCUACCUGAGACAGCCAUCCGGGUCUAUCGGAGGUACCUCAAGCUCUCUCCAGAGAAUGCAGAAGAAUACAUUGACUACUUAAAGUCUGUUGGUCGCUUGGAUGAAGCAGCAGUGCGACUAGCAGCAGUUGUUAAUGAUGAAAGUUUUGUGUCCAAAGAGGGCAAGUCCAACUAUCAGCUGUGGCAUGAGCUAUGUGACCUGAUCUCUCAGAAUCCUGAUAAAGUGACCUCUCUAAAUGUUGGAGCCAUCAUACGUGGAGGUCUCACACGCUUCACAGACCAACUUGGAAAGCUUUGGUGCUCUUUAGCUGACUAUUACAUUCGAAGUGGCCACUUUGAGAAAGCAAGGGAUGUGUAUGAGGAAGCCAUCCUCACAGUGGUAACAGUCAGGGAUUUCACACAAGUGUUUGACAGCUAUGCCCAAUUUGAGGAGAGCAUGAUUGCUGCAAAAAUGGAGACUACCGCCGAGAUGGGUCAGGAGGAGGAAGAUGACAUAGACUUGGAGCUCAGAUUGGCGCGCUUUGAGCAGCUGAUAGCUCGGCGUCCUCUUCUGCUGAACAGUGUACUUUUGAGGCAGAACCCACAUAAUGUUCAUGAGUGGCACAAGCGAGUGAAACUCUAUGACGGAAACCCGCGGCAGAUCAUCAACACGUACACAGAAGCUGUUCAGACAGUGGAUUCAAUGAAGGCUACUGGAAAGCCUCACUCUCUCUGGGUUUCUUUUGCAAAAUUCUAUGAGGAAAAUGAUCAACUAGAUGAUGCUAGAACGAUCUUUGAGAAGGCUACCAAAGUGAACUACAAGCAGGUAGAUGACCUAGCUGCAGUCUGGUGUGAAUAUGGAGAAAUGGAGCUUCGCCACGAGAACUAUGAUCAGGCACUACGCAUACUGAGGAAAGCUACAGCCAUCCCAUCAAAGAAGGCAGAGUACUUUGAUUCGUCUGAGCCCGUCCAAAACCGAGUCUACAAAUCCUUGAAGGUUUGGUCUAUGCUGGCAGACUUGGAGGAGAGUCUUGGCACUUUCCAGUCUACAAAAGCAGUAUAUGACCGUAUUAUUGAUCUACGCAUUGCCACUCCACAAAUCAUCAUCAACUAUGCCAUGUUCCUUGAAGAACACAACUACUUUGAAGAAAGCUUUAAGGCGUACGAGCGAGGGAUUGCUCUCUUCAAGUGGCCAAAUGUUUAUGACAUCUGGAACACCUAUCUCACCAAGUUCAUUGAUCGUUAUGGAGGAAAGAAGUUGGAGAGAGCUCGAGAUUUAUUUGAACAAGCCCUGGAUGGCUGCCCUGCCAAAUUUGCCAAGACCAUUUAUUUGUUGUACGCCAAACUGGAAGAGGAGUAUGGAUUGGCUCGGCACGCCAUGGCUGUCUAUGAAAGAGCCACGCAGGCUGUGGAAACAGAAGAGAGACACCACAUGUUUAAUAUCUACAUUAAAAGGGCAGCUGAAAUUUAUGGUGUUACGUAUACCAGAGCCAUUUACCAGAAGGCCAUUGAGGUCCUUCCUGAUGAGCAUGCAAGGGAUAUGUGCCUGCGAUUUGCUGACAUGGAGAGCAAACUUGGUGAGAUUGAUCGGGGCAGAGCCAUCUACUCCUACUGCUCUCAGAUCUGUGACCCAAGGGUGACAGCUAAUUUCUGGCAGACCUGGAAAGAGUUUGAGAUCCGUCAUGGAAAUGAAGACACCAUUAGAGAGAUGUUGAGGAUCAAACGCAGUGUUCAGGCCACCUACAACACCCAGGUCAAUUUUAUGUCAUCUCAGAUGCUGAAAGCUACCACCAGCUCCACUGGCACUGUUUCCGAUCUUGCGCCUGGCCAGAUGGGAAUAGAUGACAUGAAAAUGUUGGAGCAGAAAGCAAAGCAACUUGCUGCUGAGGCUGAGCAAGACAAACCAAAACCCAAGGAGAAGAUUCUAUUUGUCAGAAGUGACACAACGCGCAGUGAGUUAGCUGAGCUCGCCAAACAAGCCAAUCCUGAUGAGAUAAACAUUGACGAGGAUGACGAGGAUGAGGAUCAAGGACCAGAAGAGGUACAACUUGAGCAGAAGAGUGUGCCAACAGCAGUUUUUGGAGGACUGAAGGACGACUGAAUGAUAACGCACUCGAUUUUUGCUAAAUCAGGACUACUGUUUCUCCCGUGGUCUUUCAGUAACUUGUUUAGAAAAAGGACCGUGUUUUUAUUUUUAUUGUUUUGACACAGAAACACAAACGGCAAACAGCAGUUGAACAGUGAACUCCUAUAACUCAGUAAAUGUUUUGGCCACAUGGUGUCACCGAAAUUAAAGUAUGAGCCUUUGGAUGUUAUGUACAGUUGUGUGCUAACUAAACCUUAUUGUGUAGUCUGACAUUUUUAAACAUUUUCUUAAACAAGUAAUUGUGAUAAAUCUUUAGGGGUUUUUUGGGGGCGGGUCUUAGAAGAAAAACUGUCCUAGUGAAAGAACAUCGUUUUGACAUCCAAUGCCUGACUUUGAUGGGUUUAGUACCAAACAUUUAUAGUUGUCUGAAAUGUUUCCCAAUAAAAGUCAAACUGUUGAAUAAAUAUAACUUUUCAUGUAA